AUGUUGCUCCGCCUCCGCCCGCCGGGCGCGGCGGCGAGCCUCUCGUCCUUCCUCCCUUCCGCCCCCUUCACCCGCGCCCUCCCCUCGCCGUCCUGCCGCCCUCGCCCCCGCGCCCGCCGCCUCUCCGCCGCCGCCUCCUCCUCCUCCCCCAAGGAUUCGGGAGGGAGGCUGGACGCGCUGCGGGAGCGGUACGACGUCAUUGUGGUCGGAGGGGGUCACGCCGGCUGCGAGGCCGCGCUCGCGUCGGCUCGGCUAGGCGCGCGCACCCUCCUCCUCACUCUCAACAUUGACCGGAUCGCAUGGCAGCCUUGUAAUCCUGCAGUGGGCGGGCCUGCAAAAUCUCAACUUGUCCAUGAGGUAGAUGCCCUUGGAGGUGAUAUUGGAAAAAUCGCAGAUAGGUGCUACUUGCAAAAGCGUGUGCUGAACAGCUCAAAAGGCCCUGCUGUCCGUGCUCUGCGUGCUCAGACUGAUAAAAGGGAGUACGCAAUGGAGAUGAGGAAAGUUGUAGAAAGCACACAAAAUCUUUUCAUUAGAGAGGCAAUGGCUACAGAAGUUAUGAUAGGCAAGAAUGAUAGUGUUGAGGGUGUUCGCACUUUCUUUGGCAUGGACUUUUACGCACCAUCUGUUGUACUUACCACCGGGACAUUUAUGAGUGGUAAGAUUUGGGUCGGUAGGACAUCAAUGCCUGCAGGGCGAGCUGGAGAGUCUGCUUCUCAUGGACUUACUGAAAACUUGCAGCAUCUGGGUUUUGAAACUGACCGCUUAAAAACCGGCACGCCACCACGAAUUGACCGCAGGACAGUUGACUUUUCUAGAUUGGAAGCCCAGCAUGGUGAUGAAGAGGUAGGCUGGUUUAGUUUUGAUCCUGAAUUUCACGUUGAGAGGGAACAGAUGUGCUGCUAUUUAACGCGGACUACAAAAGACACACACCAAAUUGUUACAGACAACUUAGAUGAAACACCAACAUAUGGUGGCUGGGUUGAAGCAAAGGGACCAAGGUACUGCCCAGCAAUUGAAGACAAGAUUGUAAGGUUCAAAGAUAAAGAAUCUCAUCAGGUCUUUCUUGAACCAGAGGGUAGAGAUGUACCGGAGCUAUAUCUACAGGGCUUUUCCACUGGUCUUCCUGAGAAAUUGCAGUUACCACUUGUGAGAACACUACCAGGACUGGAGAACUGUGUGAUGCUAAGGCCAGCUUAUGCUGUUGAGUAUGAUUACUUGCCUGCUUAUCAGUGCUCAAGAUCCCUUAUGACAAAAAAGUUUGAGGGCUUAUUCUUCUCUGGGCAGAUUAAUGGAACAACAGGAUAUGAAGAAGCUGCAGCUCAGGGUAUAGUUUCAGGAAUCAAUGCAGCUAGACAUUCUGAUGGAAAGUCACUAAUCGUUCUUGAGAGGGAAAGCAGUUACAUUGGGACUCUAAUCGAUGAUCUUGUUACAAAGGAUCUUAGGGAGCCUUAUCGUAUGUUAACAAGUCGUUCAGAGCAUCGUCUUCUAUUUCGAUCUGAUAAUGCUGAUAGUCGGUUGACCCCUUUGGGGAGAGAUAUUGGUUUAAUAGAUGAUAGACGCUGGGAGCUUUAUCAGUCAAAGCAAACCCGCAUUAAAGAAGAAAAAGAACGGCUGAAGCAUACAAGAGUAUCGGGAGAGGAAUUUUCUGCUGAAGUUACCGCCAUAUCCAACCAACCUAUAAAGCAGUCAUCAACACUUGAAGCCAUACUGAAAAAACCACAUGUACAGUAUAAACUUCUGGAUAAGCAUGGAUAUGGAAAUGAGCAUUUAUCUCGAAUAGAGAAAGACUGCGUGGAGAUUGAUAUCAAGUACGAGGGUUUCAUAGCAAGGCAGCAGAGUCAAUUACAACAGAUUAUAAACCAGGAACACAGGAAAAUUCCUGAAGACUUAGAUUACCACUCAAUGAAAAAUCUAUGCCUUGAAGCUCGUGAGAAACUUUCCAAGAUAAGGCCACAAACCUUAGGCCAGGCUGGGAGAAUCGGCGGCGUAAGCCCAGCCGACAUGACGGUCCUUCUCAUUUCGAUGGAGAGCACCCGCCGCAUGGCCGAGUACAGGCGGAAGCAAGACAUGCUGAGGUCCAUCGCCACCGAGGCGGCCAAGGCAGACGAUUCUUCAGAGGAGGCGGCCAAGGCAGAUGAUUCUUCGGAAGAGGUUGUUCAUGCUGCCACCACUGCGUAACCGCACACACUCCUGUGACUACUACGGGCAACCGAACCGGGACCCUGGAGAGGUUGAGAUCUGCGGGGCAGCAUACCCCGCGGAUAGAAUCUCGGGACACAUAUGUGGCAUAGCUAGCUGGAGUGCAGAAUUGUUCGUUCAGGAGAUGCUGAGAUGCAUGUGCUAUACCUGAAUACCUGCCUUUUUUGAUGAUCUGACGGAAGGGUGGUGGUCAUGUGACAGUUUCAGGCAUGUGGAUGAUAAAGCUUAAUUGGAAUGUUGGGACAGAUGGACACGAGUAAGGAUUAUAGAUCUGCUGUACUUAGAGAUUAGUAGGAAUGCAUGUAAAGAGCAAUCACGAUUAACUGAUGCUGGAGAGCUAGCGCUGUUUGUGUGUACAUAUACAUAUAAUCUUUUCAAAUUCUGGAAUGCAAUGAAGCCAUAAAUUUUUGUGUGUGCA